AUGACCACUCAACACACCGCCUACGCAAUCGGUCACGCUCCCUCCCACACCAAGCACCAUGAAUGGCGCACCGCCGCCAACAGCGCCCCUCGCCUGCUUCCGCACCUCCAAAAGGCCCUCGCCUCCAACCCCAACCUCAAACUCCUCGACAUCGGCUGCGGUCCGGGUACCAUCUCCGCCUCUCUCGCCCAACACCUGCUUCCCUCGGGCAAUGUCCUCGCAACCGACAUCGCCGAUGACGUCCUUGAGCGAGCCAAGGAGCACGCCAUCUCCCAGGGUCUCUCAGUACCGGACAACAUCUCCUUCCAAAAGGCAUCCGUUUACGAACUUCCCUUUUCUGACAACGAAUUCGACAUCGUGCACGCCCACCAGGUUCUCUGCCACCUCGAUGACCCCGUCGCCGCUACCAAGGAAAUGCUGCGCGUCUGCAAACCCGGCGGACUGAUCUCGCUGCGCGAGGCAGACAUGCGGAUGUGGUGUUUCUGGCCUGAACUCCCCUCUUUGCUCAAAUUCCACGCGUUGAUGGUGGAGGUGAUGCUGGCCAACGGCGGGCAGGAUAAGGGGGGCAGGAAGCUGGUGUCGUGGGUUAUGGGUGCUGGGGUCAAGAGGGAAGCGAUUGAAGCCGGGUUUGGCACUUGGUGCUAUAGCGCGACGGAGGAUAGGAAGGCGUGGGGGGAGUCGAUGAUUGAGAGGUUGAGGACGGGGCAGAUGAGGCAGAAAGGAAUUGAGUUGGGGUUGACGACGGAGGAAGGGGUGGAGGAGAUGGUUGAGGGGUGGAAGAGGUGGAUUGAGAGGGAGGAUGCGAUGUUGGGGAUUGUUAAUGGUGAGGUUAUUGUUAGGAAGGCGUGA